CACAGGCAGUUGAUGAAGAGGAGUUGUACCAAUUGGAUGAACCCUGUAUCAGACCGCUGAGUCCCGGCCCCGCGUCCGUUUGUUUUCUUUCUUUCCAUCAGAUACUCUCAUUCCCUCUGCUUCUGCUAUUUUGACAAGUGAAGUAGGACUGUAGGAGGACAAGGAGCAUGGCGAAUAACAUCGUCUACAUUUCUCUUCUGAUCCUCUCGUUUUCUGCAAUUUCUAUCACCAUCGCUAUUCGGGUGGCACCUCUCCUCGAAAAUUAUGAAAUACCCACUUUGAGAGCUAACCUCUACGAUACUUCUAAUUAUGGAAAACUGCAGCUCAACAACGGAUUGGCUCGAACGCCUCAGAUGGGAUGGAAUAGCUGGAAUUUCUUUGCCUGUAAUAUCAAUGAAACUGUUAUUAAGGAAACAGCUGAUGCACUCAUCUAUACCGGUUUGGCUGAAUUAGGUUAUAUUUAUGUCAAUAUAGAUGAUUGUUGGUCUUCUCCUACAAGAAAUCUGCAGGGAAAUUUGGCUCCUGAUCCAGAAACCUUUCCAUCAGGUAUUAAAGCUCUUGCUGAUUAUAUACAUGAGAAGGGCCUCAAGCUUGGUAUUUAUUCUGAUGCUGGGGCCUUUACUUGUCAAGUUCGUCCUGGAUCCCUUUUCCACGAAAGGGCUGAUGCGGAACUAUUUGCAUCUUGGGAUGUGGACUAUUUGAAGUAUGACAACUGUUACAAUCUAGGGAUCAUACCAGAGGAACGAUAUCCACCAAUGCAUGAAGCUCUAAAUGCAACUGGUCACACAAUUUUCUACUCGCUCUGUGAAUGGGGCGUUGAUGACCCUGCCUUAUGGGCAGGUGGAGUUGGAAAUAGUUGGCGAACAACUGAUGACAUCAAUGACUCAUGGGCAAGUAUGACCACUACUGCUGAUCUUAAUGACAAGUGGGCUACAUAUGCUGGACCUGGUGGAUGGAAUGACCCAGAUAUGUUAGAAGUUGGCAAUGGAGGCAUGACUUUCCAGGAGUAUCGUGCACAUUUCAGUAUCUGGGCAUUAAUGAAGGCACCUCUUUUGAUAGGUUGCGAUGUAAGAAACAUGACUGCAGAAACAUUGGAGAUUCUAAGCAAUAAGGAGGUCAUUGCUGUAAAUCAAGACUCGCUUGGGGUUCAAGGACGGAAGGUAUACGCUGAAGGAAAGGACAACUGCCGACAGGUUUGGGCAGGUCCUCUUUCUGGAAACAGGUUGGUAGUUGCCUUUUGGAACCGCUGUUCAAAAGCUGUUACCAUCACAGCCAAAUGGGAAGUUUUGGGCCUCCAUCCAACCAUCAAAGUUUCUGUAAGAGAUAUAUGGAAGCAUGAAGAUGUAGCAGAAGUCGCACUGACAUCAUUCAGCACUCGAGUCGAUUCUCAUGAUUGUAAGAUGUAUGUCUUCACUCCCCAAAUAUUGUCUUAUGUUGCGGCUUAGUCAUAUACCAUCAGAUGGCUUCAUGUAUUUGGUCUACUUUAGAUACUGGCCUAUCUACAAAGAAGGACCAGGCUUUAAAAACUAUGUGUGUAUAUAGUUUUUGGUGUGAAAUCUGCAAUUGAAUUUGCCAAAAUUAUUGAUCCUUUUAUUUCUGGAUGUCUAGAAGUGGAGAGAGGAAUUUUAAGUGAAAGUGAGUACAUGCAGGAUA